AUGGAAAUUUUAUCAGAAGUGAAGACUCGAAGGCGUGCUUGUGCCAAAUGGAUUAAGACAGAAAAUACAUUAAGAUCAACUGAAAACAACACUCUGGUCGAAAACAGCCAAUUAAAUACAUCACGUCUAAUUAAUUCCACCGCCUGUUUCGCGGAUCGGUGA